AUGAGUACCGGGAACGCGACGCUGGACGCGGUGGGCGCCGCCUCCGGGGCGGCGACUGUGGAGCUCGCCGUCGAGUGGAUCGUAUAUCUCGUCAUAAUACUAGUUAUCACGGCCCUGCGCACCUACGCGCGGGCGAGUAUACCGGGGAGGAGUGGUUUCGGAUGGGAUGACUACCUCGUCUGGAUCGCAGUGGUCUGGUAUGUUAUCUUGACCGCUGAAGUCUAUGUCAUUGGCGUCACGGCUGUCGGUAUUGCGAACGAUUCCAUGACAGAUGAAUACCGCGCUCGGCUCGCAAAGGAUGGCCCAGAGAGCCAGGAAUUUCGUCUGAGGGUGCUGGGAUCCAAAGUACAGCUAGCUGCUUGGAUAUCGUAUUCUCUCGUUUUGUGGCUGUUGAAGGGAUCUCUCCUUUGUUUCUUCGUGGUCCGACUUACUGAGGGUAUCAACGGAGCGAGAACGAGGGCCUGGAUUGGCACAGUCCUCCUGGUUGCCACGUGGGUUUCCAUCGUUGUUACGGUCCUCGCGAGCUGUCGGCCACUCAACAAGAUGUGGCAAAUUUUCCCGGAUCCGGGCGCAGUCUGCUAUGCUGGCGUCUCGCCGGUCCUCAUCGGCGUCACGCUCGCCGGCAAUAUCCUGACAGACGUCUACCUGAUAUCGAUACCCGUUCCAGCGCUACUGCGAGCGUCACUCGGACGAGUGCAGAAAGUCUCGCUCGUCAGCCUCUUCAGUUGUAGCAGUCUCAUCACUGCGAUGGCUAUCGUCAGAGUAGUCGUUAUUGUGGUGAAUUCGAACAGUAACGGCGACGGAGCAUGGGCCCUCCGAGAAUGCUUCGUGGGCAUGGUAACGACGAAUAUGGCGCCUAUAAUUCCGCUGUUCAGAAAAUGGCUAUCGCCCUGGCUGGGACGACUCGAGUCCAGCUCCGACGGCAAUACGAAUCAAGGCACCGGGGCCGCGAGCAGCCGCGCGAUGAAAUCCAGGAACCGAGGCCCCAGAAGCCCAGGGCUCAAGCUCAUGACGACCGGGCGCCAUCACAGCUCGGACAGCUCCGAACACAUCAUAGACGCCAACGACCUCGAGAUGCGAUCGUACCACAGUCCGGACGAGCGCGAUGCACCGCCAUCCGGGCUGGACAGGAAACCGACGGGAAGGUCGACUCGUGGGGGCGGCUCAAACAGUCCGACGCUGAUCAUUCAGAGGAACGGCGAGAUGCUGAAUGCAGGAGGGGGCGCUGCCGCUGCGGCAUUCCACGGGGACAGACCUGACCGAGGUGUGCAGGUUCGAGAUAUAUCGAUGCGGGAGAGGGAUUUUAUGAAUUAA